AUGUUACGUGGGUCCGGCGGGUGGCACUUCCUGAGUCGAGCCGGUGUUGCCGCCAUGUACGCGCACCGCCCAUACGGCAUCGGAGGCGGAGUCAAAGCGGCAAAAGGGGGCGGGCUCAUAACCGAGGCGGUGUUCCCUCAGCCUCAACAGCACCGGGCGCCGCUCCCCGCCCACCUGCUGUACCCAGGCCCCCGAGGAGCACGCUUUCAGCCACACCUGGUGCCGAUGCCGCCCCGCUGGCCGUCCCCCCGCGCCAACCCCCACGCGCACGCGGGCGCCAAGAAGAAGACGUGGAACUUCAUCCACGAGAAGAUGAGUUAUGACACUUUCUUCACCAUGAAGCGUCUCAUCGAGCGCUCGCGCCGCCCAGAUGAGGUCCUGCGCUGGCUUGCUCAGAACCCGGCCAAGAUCUCCCACAACCACUACGCCGUCGCGUUGCACAAGAUAGCUCAGCUGCUGCAGGUCCCUCCGCCGCCGCCUGCCGCUGAAGUUUUACCGCCGUGUGGCCGUCAGGUUCUAGAGCAACAGGACUUCCUGUCGCUGUGCGACGCUAUCGUCAACGACUGCCCCAACUUUGACAAUUUCAGCGUGGUCAACUGCCUCUACGCCAUCGCCGCACUUGGCCUCUCCGGCGACUGCGCGCUGGUGGCCGCCCUGGAGGCUGAAUGUCACGCCCGCUUGGCUCAUUUCAACCAAAAGGACGUGUCAAUGGUGUUCAGUUCCAGCGUCAAACUGCAUCCGGGCGGGCAGAACCCGCUGGCGGAGGCCUGCUUGCCGGGCCUGGAGAAGAACCUGGAGCGAGAGCACCACCCGCAGACGCUCUUCCUGCUGCUAUCCUACUACCGCCUGAAAUGGCGCUCUUUGUCAGUGCGGGAGGGAGACCGGGCAGCGCCCGACCCCCAGCGGGUGAUGGCCAACAGGAAGAUCUUGCGUGUGGUUAAACACACACUAGCCAGCGUCAGCGGCGUGCGCGACCAGGAAAUGGCACUGCUGGACGAGAUGUUGGCGGCGUGCGCUGGGGAAGCCGACAACAAAAGCUUGGAGUUCAUCUUCAGCUCACAACUCUUCUACCAGAACAGGCAGGAGAGGUUCAUCCGAAGCCUGGCAGAGGAGCUUCCCAAGAAGGAGGAGAGUCUGAGCGCUUCCACCAUGUCGCUGAUCUCCAAGUACGUGGCGCGCCACCGGCUUCGAGAGACGCCGCUACUCGACGUCAUUGCCAACUUCCUGGUCAGGAAGGCGGAGCACCUGGACAGCAAGGUGAUCCAGAAGCUGGUGUUUCCCUUCAGCAGGAUGAGCUACCGUCCGUCUGAUGAGGAGGAGUUCUUCCGAGUUCUGGAAGAGGUUCUGGAGUCCAAGGCGUUGAGCUCGCCUUUGGCCACCGUCAACAUCCUCAUGUCGCUCUUCCAACUAGGCCGCUUCCCGGGUGCCGUCCUGCACCAGGUUUUCUCUCCCGCCUUCAUCAGCAACGUCACCAACAGCCCCUACGCACUCAUCGUGCGCCGCUACCUCUCCUUGCUGGACGCAGCCCUGCAGCUGGAGCACCCCCAUUACCAGGGCCCCCGCCUGCACCCUGACCUUAAGGUGCUCAUGUUUCAUCACGCGCUCACCGCUGACGAGGUCAACCGCAAAUACAGUUAUAAAGGCGUCGUGGCGGAGGCUUUGCGGCAGCUUCUUGGAGAAGAAAACUACAAGCAGGAUCAAGUACUGCCUCCGGGAUACUACAUAGACUUCUUGCUCUGGAUGGACGCGUCGGGUCGGGUUCUUCCCAUCCAGUCGGACGGAGCUUCGGCGGACGACAUCCACGAGUUGUCAACUUCCUUCGCCGCGCUGGACGCUGGCACCUGGGAGGUGACUGUGGGCACCACCGAGCCUGGAGGAGCCCCCUCGGACUUUGGACAACAGUACUACGUUACCGGCUCCGAGUACCUCUCCGAGGAGCGCUUGUCAGACAGCAGGGAAAGCUCCACGCUUAGCAGCCCGCCCUCUGAUGGGCCGCCGCCCCCGCCUGGAGACCCACCCUCCACAGCUGGCGCUGCUACACCUAACUCCCUCUUCCAAUUCUCCGUCGGGAACAUCUCUGAAAAUGAGGCAAGUGCAGGAACUCCCGGGGAGCUUCAGUCUACACCUUUCUACGAGGCAGGGAGGCCUAGCGACGGCUCCGCGCCCCAAGGAGAGGCUCCAUCGCCGCCCCUUGCAGAAGAGAAGCAAAUAAGGAGGCUGGUGAUCUCAGUGAACGACAAGUGGCACUACUGCCACAACUCCUGCAUCCUGGUGGGCUCUCGCGCCAUGAGGGACCGCCACUUGAGGUUAUUGGGCUACGCCAUCCUGCAGCUACCCUUCCACGAGCUGGAGAAGCUGAACGGAAUCGAAGAGGUCAAGACGUAUCUCCGCGCUAAACUCCAAGACGGCCCGUCAUGA